AUGGAACUGAGUGCCAAAGAGGACCUUGGCUCUUAUGACUAUCUGUUAAAGACCAUUGUACUAGGCGAGUCAGGCACAGGCAAAAGCUGCCUGACGCAUGCUUUUGUGCAUGGCAAGCCCAAGACGCGUACCACACAUACGAUCGGAGUAGAUUGUAUGAGUCGCCUUAUUGAGGUCGGAUCGACGAAUAUCAAGUUGCAGAUAUGGGAUACGGCCGGCCAAGAACGGUUUAGGUCAGUGACGCGUGGGUACUAUCGCGGCACAGCGAUUGUCUUGUUGGUGUACGAUAUCACGAAACGGGAUACCUUUACGUCUCUCACGACAUGGUUCGACGAUGUGCAUGCACUCACAUCGCGGCAUACGGUCGUCGUGCUUGUUGGCACCAAAUUGGAUCGGGAGAUGGACGAACGUGAAGUGGAUUUUCUGGAAGCGAGUCAUUGGGCCGCACAGCAUGGAGCACUGUUUACAGAAGUAUCGUCGUUCACAGGCGAAAAUGUACAAGUGCCAUUUGAGCUUGCCGCGCGUUCGCUCCUUCUAGGCAUUGAGGCAGGUCGAAUCAACCCUGAUGAGGCUGAUACAGGCAUCUUUUAUGGCGGACCAUCUACCUCGCGAGGUAGGAGCCACUUUAGUUUGGCGGAUACCAGUCUGGCGUCGGACGAUUGGCGCAGUAGCGAUCUCACUGCGACGCCCAAGACACGGCGUGGCUGCUGUACAUGA